CCCCCCCCCCCCCCCCCCCCCCCCCCCCCCCCCCCCCCCCCCCCCCCCCCCCCCCCCCCCCCCCCCCCCCCCCCCCCCCCCCCCCCCCCCCCCCCCCCCCCCCCCCCCCCCUUAAACUCAUGAUUUGUGUUAAGGAACCAAGAAUGCCUCCUCUCUAAAAACACAUGUUUAUUACGAAACCUAAAAGGGUACAGAGAAUUACAACCAUUUCGAAAAUCGUUCUCGAUUUCGGGUUUCGUACUUCGACUACGAAAUCUUCUAUGGUUCUGGAUGGAAGCAGAGGUGUACUACUCGGUGUACGAAACCUGAAAUCUAAAACUGUUUCGAAAUGAUUGCAGUUCUCAAUACCUUUUUAGAUUUCGUAAUAAACAUUUUUCUUUUUACAGAGUAUCCUAAAAAGCUUUAUCUGCCGACACGCAAUAGAAGGCCAUGCUCUUCUAUUCUGGAAGAGGGAAUAGUGAUUUAUCACAAUAAGUAUUUCAACGUGAAUGCUGGUGAGACGCUCAACACAUUCAAACUUUCACUAAAAAGGUUAUUAUAAGUCGUUAAAAAGAAUUUCAGUUUGGCUUCACGUUUGAUGUUUUAGAGAAACGUGUUAAUUAUUUCUAAUAUGAUGUGAUGUUGUGACUAGAAUUAAAUUCAAUAUUCUUUUGGUUGGUUAAUUCUAUUACUAAAGUUCUCAUUCUUUCCAUUUUUGUUUUUUGUUAGUUUAACGCAAUGGAAGGAAAUAAAUAUUUUCCACAUUUUGAUCAGAUAGAUGCGCUAUUUUUAUCCUAUAAUUAGUAAACAUAUUUAGUAAUCGUAGAUUUCAUUGAAAUAUAUUUUGAUCCAAUGUCGUCCGUCUGACUAUUUGAAUAAAUAAUUAUUUGUCGAAAAAGGUAUGCGCCACACAGCGUGCAAUCAGACGAACGUUUAAGAAAAAAAUAAAGUGUUCUGUUUGCUAAUCUAAGUAUAGAAAACUAUACUUUUGACCACAUAUUUCCAAAAGAAGUUUUAUUCUAACUUUUAAGGAUUAUGACAAAAUACUUAUACAAAAAUUAGUUUAAAAACACAUUCGGGUGUAGUAAGAGAAGUUUUUCAUUGAAGUCAACCGAGUCCAAAACAAAAACGAGAUAGAUCAUGAAUCUAGGCUUCUUUUUUGGCUAAGUCAACGAAAAAUCUUUCCAGUUUGAACUUAUAGUGUUGGAGAGAUUCAUUUUUUUCUUCAGACUAACUAAGUUUUCGUAGACGUGUUAUUAGUAUAAAGAGUUUCUCGACUUUUCCCGAGCUUCAAAAUUCGUCAAUAUUUUUUUGCCGGAAUAUUCAUCUAUAUACAACAUUGCAUGCAACUUAAUGAAACUCUUUUCCUAGUUCUCAUUGUAGGGUUUCUAAAACAUUCUGUUUUUGUUUUCUGGUAAAAUCUAUUUUUCUCAGUUCAGGAAUAUUUUUAAGAAAACAUAAGGUCAUAUAUUCAGGAUUAGUGCGUCGUGUUGCAUUGAAUUAUGUGUACUAGAAUAAGUUCUGGGUUGAAAGAGGAGAGAGUACAGUACUGCUAUAAAGAUCAUGGUAGUAUGAUUUUAUUAUUUAUAAUGAAUAAUCUGAUAGGAUAAUAAAAUCAAAGUGUGGGAAUUUGGUAAAAUUCUACUACCAUGAUCUUUAUAGCAGUACUGUACUCUCUCCUCUUUCGUCUCAUAAAAACUGCUCUACCUAAGUUUUGGGUUGUAUAGCUAUCCCCUGAAAAUUUUCCCAUGCCCGAUCUACCGAAAAAAGUGAUUUUUGAGAGCACCAUAGCUGACGAAGAAAUGAUAAUUAUUCAUGAAAAAAUGGUUUAGAAUAAAAAAUUAUGGUGUCUAGCUGCUAUUAGAAAAAUACCCACUGUGCAUAACAGAAGUAUAUUUACGAUUAUUAUUUUUUUAUCUUUUUUUUUGAAUUUAUACUUUUAUGGCAAGAACAUUGCAAAACAUUGUUGACAUAGUGAACAUUUGAGCAGCUGUUUAAUGAUGCCAUUGAUCAAUCAAAAAUAAAAAGAGCAGAGUUCAGUGGAUUUAACAGGUAGGUUAGUGGUUACUCCUCUGUGGCUACUGUACAAAUAUAUAUAAAGAUGCAACAUGCAGCAUAUUUUUCAUAUAAGUCAAUCCACGCCCACUGUAUAGUAUGAGGUAGACCGAUAUUUUAAGAUGCUAAUAUUCAGUUUGUAACACGUACUAAAUACUACAUUAAAGAAAGAGUCUUUUGCAUAGUAGAAUAAACGCCUACAUGAUUAUAAAACCGUGUUACUUUUAUUUUCAUAAUUCCAUCGACCUUCCAGGACGGAUGUCAAUCCCUAGUCUAUCUAAUAAACGAAGACUAAUUCAUAAUCGUAUCUCGACGUUCACAACUUCAUUUUCGCACCAGGGUGUAACUAUAUCGUGAUGAUGUUCAUCUUCUAUUUGUACGUGAGAACGAGGACAUUCUUUCUAUUUUUUUUCUUUUCUUAAAAAAAACGAUUCUAUCUUCUAUUAUGAUGAUAUUACUAAUAAAACAAAAUAGAAUGAACAGAAAUAAAAAUAAAUAAUAUCUGUUCAAUUAUAAAAGGCGAAAGAUAGAAUAAAAUUCAUACACAAUAGGCCAACAUCUGUUAAUUAAAAUAGUCAUCAGUAUUUACAUAGUUAUUUCAUCAAAAACUUUCUAUUCUUUAAGUAUCGUUUUUCUUACAAUGAUGAAUAAAAUCUCCUUUCAAACCACAUAUCAUGUUCAUCAUAUUCGCAUAAUCCAUUUAUAUGUUUUUCAUAUUUUAGAUAAAAAAUUUGUUUAUAAAAAAUGGAUUUAAUAUAUUCAACCACUAAUAUCACUAAUUAUAAGCAAAAUAAUUAUAAGAAAAUACAAAAAGUAUUAUUACAUAUAUUUCCACCCUAUAUGUUAAUUGUGAGUAUAACUGGAAUUAUUGGAAAUAUACUCACGACCGUCAUAUUAUCGAAACGUUCAUUUUCAAGAAAUUUAAAUAAUGGUACAUUAAUUUCAUUAGCAUUGAGUGAUUUAUUGUUUAACAUCAUUCUAAUUUUACGAUGUAUUAAUGAUUUUACUCGAACUAAUAAUGAUAUUAUGUGUAAAUCUUUAUCAAUGUUUUCUCAUUUUGCUGAAUUAUUAUCUGCUUGUUUUACUGUCCAUUUUACAAUACAACGUUUUAUCGCUGUUAAAGUACCAUUGAAAGCUGCAUUAAAAAGUGCCCGAUUAGUAAAUUAUGUCAUCAUUUUUACAUGUACAGCAAUAAGUUUAAUUUAUUGUAUUUUACUUGUUUAUAAUAAUGAAUAUGACAAAUGUCAUGAAGAAUUAACAUUAAAAUGGUUUAUAUCCGAUGCUAUUUUAUCAUUUGUUUUACCAUUUUUUCUUAUUGUAUCGUUUAAUUUACUUAUUGUUUAUCAAAUACGAAAAAAUGAAAGAUCAGCAAUUAGUGCUCAGUCAUCAAUAAAUUAUAAACGACCACACUUAUCGACGAUAAUACGAGCAAAAUCAAUUAACAACAACAAUAAAACAAAAUAUCAAUCAGAUUCGUAUAUUCAUACACGUUUAACACCAAAACUAUCGUUAUUAAACAAUAACAAAGGUCCUCGAAAAAAAAUUUAUUGUUGGAGAACAGUUCCAUCAUUCGACCAAAAUUCAUUAUCAACAGAAUUUUCAAUUAAUCAUCGUCAAAUUAAUAGCAGCAAUGAAUUAUUCUGUUAUCGACAACCAUUACAGUUAGCAGAAACUGAAUCACUGAAAUAUUUGAAGCGUCAACGAACGCGUUCUAAACCAUCAAAAAAACCAUUAAUGUUGGAUAUACAACGAUUUUUAAAAAAACGAGCUUUAACAACUUACAAUAAUAAUGAUUUCAUACAUCAUCACUAUUCGAAUCGUGAUAGUUCUAUACAUUUAAGAUCGUUAAAAUGUAGUAAAAGUGAAAUAGAAGAUCAAUCAAUAUCAAAUGAUGAAAACAAAGUAGCUCUUAUUGAUUCAUUUUUAAGACGAGCAAAUAUUCGAAUGUCAAAUCGUUCACAAUAUUAUGGUACUGGAAAACAAGUACGAAUUGCAUUAUCAACUCGUGUUACGCGUAUGUUGAUACUUGUUUCAACAUGUUUUCUAUUAUUAAAUGCUCCAACACACACUUUUAUCAUUGCAUUGAAAGUAUACACAUUGACGUCUGGAACACCGAUGUAUGAUCAUCCACUAAUACAUUCACAUCUAACGCGAAUUAAUAGUACAGAUAAAUCAUAUACAAAAAAUUUAGUUUUUAUCAAUAAACGGAAUUUUACUUUAAAUAUGCAAAAUUUAGUGAAACGUGAAAAUGUACUUAAAUUUAGACGAGUCGAAUUUCUAUACACGUUAAUAUUGAUAACACAAUCAUUAUCCUAUGCAUCAUUUUCCGUUAACUUUUUUCUCUAUUCAUUCUGCGGUAUGAAGUUUCGUGGUGAACUAAUUCAUUUUCUAUUCAGACGAAGAACGCAUUCAUCUUUAUAUUAA